AUGAAAAUGCCGUCCAAGCUAUGCACGGAAAUUCACCAAGAGGAUGAGAUGAAGGCAUCAAUGAUCAACGCAACCGUGAAUGGCUGGGAGGAGCUAGAUUGGUCGGGGUGUGACCAUACCGGCGGUACGUUACUUUGCACUGACGGUAACGGUGAGAAUCCGCAGUGUCAUUACUUCGGAUAUCCUUGGAAGUUGAGUUUGCCGUCUGUCUGGCAGGCGAUUAUCGACUACACUGACCCCUCCCGAUGUUCCUGUCAGUGCAACGGAUCCUUUGAUGCCUCUCUCCACGGUCUCCGUCACGGACAAGUUCUGGCGGAGUGGGCCGGAAUUGACAUUGACCGGGAAUCAAGGCACCUACUGACACUGCUGCCGGCUAAGAUAAGUGGUCUGUAUGCUGACGAGGGCUGUAGCCAUUCCACCAGUCCUUGUCAGAUACGUAGACCGACAUGCGAUUGCUUCGAGGCAGGAUUCCGCGGCGAGGCUGUAAGUCCAUCGGGCAAGCACAUUAUAUGGGGCAAAGUAGCAGGUUACCUAACGAGUGGCGAGGAGAUGGUACGGGAGUAUAAACAUUCAUUAGAGAGACAAAACUACACCUUAGAAUCUUGCGAAUUCGAGUGCUGGAAAUACGGAAACCUCAACGAUCUGAAACAGCGUGUAAGAGACGCGUGGAACGCGAGAGCCGGUCCCGAGAGUGGAUGA